UACACUCAAGUCAGUAGAGUUUUAGACGCGUUACGUGACGAUACGUGGGUGUACGGGCUCCGAAAUAUUCCGAAACAGAAAGUGACCUUAAAAACAGUGAAAUAGUGCGAUCCUGAAACCUGAAACAGCGAACGAAAAAUCUUGUCAACACGAUUUUUUGACAGUUCUACAUUACAAGCUGCUUUGUGCCCUGCAACUGUUAAUUCUUCGCGUGAUCAGCUAUUUUGUAUAUAGCCUGCAUGAGCUAUUUAUGCGUUUAAGAUAAUGUCAAACAAACUGUAAUUAAAAUUGUUAAUUGCUUGUGAAAGAUUUAAUAAGCACUGCGCGCUGACCUUGAAAGUGUGUUAAAUAUAUAUACUUAUAUAUAUAUAGAUCACAUUGCAUGAUAAACGAAUAUGUGGCAUUGUCUCUUUAUCAUAUGCUCCACACUGUGGAGUAUGGGUCAUGCCAAUCCCCAACUUAAUUUGCCUACACCACAGCCAGAAAUCUUCUACAAUGGCUACACGCCCAAUGUGGCAACAACUCCCGCCCAGCUGAGAGCCGAUCGCGAUCGCAGCCAGCGCUAUGGGCCACCCUAUUCGGAGACUGGAGAUGGGAGCAGCGGCAGUAGCAGCGAUGAUGGACUAGACGACUUUAGGUACGGUCAGACCUACGAUGAACGCAUGCGAUUGGGCUACGCCUAUCCCACACCUCGAUUGAAUUUUAGCGAUCGCGUCAAUGAUUCACCCUUCAGUGCGGAUCAGCAAGUGAAUCGUGGCCAAGAUAAUCGCUAUGCGAAUCACAAUUAUGGGCCAACAUCGAGCAGCACAGAACGCAACUAUGGCAGCUUCAACGAUCAGCCUAACUACAAUAAUUAUAAUGGACCCAAUGCUAACGUUAAUUCCAACUACGACAACCUGAAUGAUCCAUACGUUAAUAAUCCCAAUGUGGAAUUUGUUGGCAACGAUCGCAAUCGCUUUCAGAAUCCCUAUCAAUCCAACCAGGAUCGAUUCAAUUUGAACCAGGGCUAUCAGGAACGUCAGCGCUAUCAGCAGGAUCGUCGCUAUCAGCAGGAGCUGGAGAAGCUGCGCAAUUUGCUAGUCGAAACAGAUCAAAAGGGUUCGCUCGAGUGCACCGCCAAUGUGGCAGCUCAAUGGAAUUUCGAGACGAACGUCAACGAUUAUACGCAAACGGAAGCGCUAAACGCCCAGCAGCGCUAUGUGGAGUAUCAGCGCAUUACAGCCGAACAAUCGAAGCGCAUUAACAAGGAUCUCAUAUUCGAUCGUCGUUUAUAUAGACAGCUCAUGCUGCAAUCUGAAGUGGGACCCAAUUCGCUAACCCUGGACGUUUUAGAUAGAUACAAUCGCUUGUUAAAUGAAAUGCUUUUUCUGUAUAAUGAUGCCAGCAUUUGCGCUUAUCAGCAGCCGUUUCAAUGCGAUUUGCAUUAUAUACCACAUCUCAAGGAUAUUAUGGCCAAGAGUAGGGACUGGGAUGAGCUGCAGCACACUUGGGUAGAGUAUCACCGCAAGGCGGGUCGUGGCAUGCGCGAUAACUACGAGCAACUGAUUGAUGUGAUGCAGGACGUGGCAGCUGCAAACAACGUCAGCAAUGGCGGCGAGUACUGGUUCCUAGCCUACGAAUCGGGCAACUUUCGCCAGGAUAUUGACAUUGUGUGGGAACAGAUACGUCCGCUCUACGAAAGUCUGCACUCGUAUGUGCGUCGCAAGCUAAGGGAUUACUAUGGACCGGAUCGUAUAAAUCGCAUUGCGCCCAUACCUUCGCAUAUAUUGGGCAACAUGUAUGGGCAGUCGUGGUCGAACGUGCUGGACAUCUUAAUACCGUAUCCGGGUCGCAAACUCAUCGAUGUGACGCCGCGCAUGGUGGAGCAGGGCUAUACGCCGUUGUUAAUGUUCCAACUGGCCGAGGAGUUCUUUACGUCCAUCAACAUGUCAGCUGUGGGCCCGGAUUUCUACAGGAAUUCAGUGUUUGAGCAGCCGCUAGAUAGGCGCGUCCUCUGCGAGCCAUCUGCCUGGGACUUUUGCAAUCGUCACGACUUUCGUGUGAAAAUGUGCACGGACAUCAAUCAGCGCAGUUUGGUCAGUGUGCACCAUGAGAUGGCGCACAUACAGUACUUUCUGCAGUAUCGCCAUCUGCCCAAAAUUUUUCGCAACGGCGCCAAUCCGGCUUUUCAUCAGGCAGUGGGCGAUGCCAUCGGCCUAUCCGUCUCCACGCCAAAGCAUUUGCAAACUUUGGGUCUGCUGCAGCGCUCCCUGGAUGAGUCCAGCUAUGAUAUUAACUACUUAUUCACCAUGGCUAUUGAUAAGGUGGCCUUUCUGCCCUUCGCCUUGGCAUUGGAUAAUUGGCGUUACGACGUCUUCAGCGGCAAUGCCAAUAAGCGCGUUAUGAAUUGUCAUUAUUGGAAUUUGCGCGAAAAGUAUUCCGGCAUAAAGCCGCCUGUUUUGCGCUCUGAAAAGGAUUUCGAUUUGGGUGCCAAGUAUCAUAUACCAGCUAAUAUACCCUAUAUAAAAUACUUUUUCUCCACGGUGCUGCAGUUCCAGCUAUAUCGCAGCAUGUGCCGCGCCGCCGGCCAAUAUGUGCCCAACGAUCCGCGAAAGCCGCUCCACAAAUGCGACAUCUAUCGGCAGCCAGCCGCAGGCAAUCUAUUAAAAGAACUGAUGGCCAAGGGCGCUUCUCAGCCCUGGCAAGAGGUUCUGCAGGAGACGCUAGGCGAGGGCCGUCUGGAUGGCAGUGCUCUGCGUGAAUACUUUGCACCGCUUGAGGAAUGGCUACGCCAGGAGGCGUUGCGCACCAAUGAGUAUGUGGGCUGGAACUACGAUGGAGAUUACUGCAAGCGCAGCAUCGAGACAGCCGGACUUCAGAUCUUUGGCGGCUAUUACAAUGGAGCAAGCAGCCAACUGUUCAGUCUGCUGUUACUUGGCCUGAGCAGCUGGCUGAGCUAUUUUCUAAUUUAAGUGAGCAUGUCAAUAAAAUAUAUAAAUGUAUAUAUAUACACAUGUAUAUGAGUAUAUUUAUAUAGUAUAUAUGUUUAUUUCCGCUUUAAGUCAAGUCAAGCCGAGUUGAACUUGAAACGAAGCCAAAAACAAUUGGAAAAUAAAAUGUGAACA